UUGGAAAAAAUAAUUACUCUUAUAUUAAUUGAGCAACAGCUCCCCACUCUCCGACCCAUCCCUCCUUAUCUCUUCCAUCUCUGACAAACUGGAACCAGACUACUUACCUACAAUGCCAUCUAUCAAUGACCAAAAACAUUAGCACCAUUUUACAACAUUUUGAAAAAUAAAAUAAAUAAACAAAAGACGGGAAGAGAAGAGACUCUAAUAGUAAUAAGCAACGGCAGUAAUUAAGAUACAUAAACCCUAGCUAAUCUCCCCACUAAUCAUACAUUACAACACCCGUAUCUAUAUAUAGUUAACACAAGAGAAUUAAACAAACCAUCUCCUCGAUAAUCAGUAGAUCAUAAUGAUGAUUAGAGCACUUAAUCCUCAUCAUUUAGGAGAAGAAGAAAAAAAAACUAUUAUUUAUCAUUACUAUUGUUGUUAUGAGGUCUCCUUACCGAGAGUGUGCUUGUUAUUGUGCAUCCAAACCUUGAGAACUUUCCGCCGGACUCCCGUCUCCGCGCAGAAUCGCUCCACCGCUCCUUCGUCCUGCUUCUGGAUCCGCCACCCAAUCCUCUCCGAGAAUCUCCUCAUCAUCUCCUUCUGCUCCGCCGUGAACUUCGUCCUGAACCUCUUCUUACCGCUACUAUUAUUAUUCGCCCCCCCUCCUCCGCCGCUGCUGCUCGGAUUCGACACGUCCUCGUCUUCCCUGCUCCAGCGGCCGAUGCGGAGGCGGUGCGGUCCGGUGGAGGUGAGGCGGCGGUGGGCCGGUGCCGCGGUAGUUGUACGGCGAGAAUUGGGGAGGCGGCGGCGGAUGUUGCUGGUGCGGUUGCGGAAUCAUCGCUUCCCCAGCUCCAUCGGCUGUUUCCUU